GUGGUUACAUCUUGACUGCUGCCGUGGAGAAAGUUUGUGAGAAGUCUUUGAUUCGACCAUACUUUAAGGUGUGAAGGAGAGGAACAUCGUCAUUUGUCAUGGAUGUUUUGCUGAGCCUUCAAGCUUCUGGUGUUGAAAGGGAUAAUGAUGACGAUGAUGAUUUACACUCUAACAUCAGUGCAAGUGAAGAUGAGGGUGAUUUGGAGGAUGAAUCGAGACAUUCUAAACUCUUGGAAGCCAUUGGCUCCAUGGAAACCAAGAAAAGGUCAAAGGUCAAGCAAAGGUCCGAAGCAAGUGCAGAUGUUUCAGAGUAUCAGCUGAAUACUAAAGAUGUUCAAGGGAAAGGGAUUUGGAUCCAUGAUCUUAUGGGAUCUCUGUAGAGGAAGAACACCCCAUCCCACUCCGCGCUGAAGAAACAGAUGAACAAUGUGAACAAGCGGAAGACACUCCCUACUCCCUUACAUCAGCAUGAGGCGGAGAAGAUCCAGCGGACGAUGGCCUAUGAAGGGGUCAGCAAGGAGGUCUCUAAAUGGGACCAAGUGGUACAGACCAAUCGUAAGGCUGAGCAUCUGUCCUUUCCUCUCAACCAAGAGGUCGUUGGACUUCCGACCACUGACCAGUUCGUCAAGAAGUUUAAGCCAAGUACACCAUUGGAGCAGGAAGUCUACAAAAUAUUGCGUGGGAGUAAGUUUGCUGAGAGACCCAACAAACAACUCUCUCAGGCUGAAGAAGAGGCCAUCAAAGCAAUGAGUUUGUCUGAGGCACGUGAGCGGAGAGCGGAGCUACAGAAACACAGAGCUCUUAUGUCAUUCUACGAAGCUAAGUGCAGGAGACAUAAAAAGAUCAAGAGUAAAAAGUACCACCGUAUAGAGAGGAAAAGCAAAGCAAGGCAGGAGUCCAAGAAGAUGGAAAAACUGAUGGAAGAUGACCCAGAGGCUGCCAAAGAAGCAAUGGAGAAACUAGAAAAAGCAAGGGCUACGGAGAGAAUGAGUUUGAAGCACCGUAACACAGGAAAGUGGGCAAAGACUAUGAUGAGAUAUGGGAAGCACAACAUAUCAGCGAGACAAGAGCUUGCUGAGCAGCUCCAGAAGAGCCAUGAACUGACUGAGAAGAUCGCCGAGGUGAAUGAAGACAAGACUGAAGAGAGGAGUGAAGCGGAAGAAGAGGAGGAGGGGGACACUGUUCAACCUUCGCUUAGCGAUAUCAACAACCCUUGGUUCACUGGCAAAGUGUUGGGCAAGGGAGGAGACAAAGAAGACGAGGAGAGGGAAGUGGAACAGUUUGUAGCCUUGGAAGAAGUACAGGCAAAGAGAGAUGAUGAUGGAUCGGAUGAAGAGGAGAGUGGAGAUGACGAUGAGGAGGAUGAGAUAGAAAAGGACCACAAGAUGUUGAAGAUGAUACAGGAGGAGAGGAGAAAAUGGGAGGGUGGCAGUGACGAUGAUGGUGACGAGGAGGAUGAUGAAGAGGAGAGAGACAAGAAGGUGACUCAAGCUGAUGAAGUUGAGGUGGUGAAGAAAGGGAAGAAGAGCAAAGGGGUUGCAAAACAAGAACGGACAAAUUCAAGGAAAGCCGACAAGAAGGGAAAGCGGAAAAAAGUCAAGGUCAUUGAAGUGGAUGUUGAGGAGGAGAAUGAUAAAGAAGGUGAUGAUGAUGCAGAGGAGUCUCAACUGGAGGAAGGCGUUGAUAGACGUCAGACACACUCCUCCCUCGACGAUCAAGACUGGCUCCAUAGACUGGAGGAGCAGAAAAGACAGUUGCCACAGAAGUCAUCCGAUGAUGUUGUCCAAGGUGUCAAGAGUGUGGAGAAGGAGGAAGGCACAAAGAAAUCCACAGGCAUUGUUGAUCCAAGCAAAGUCUUUGUGGUGAAGCCGAAGGAUAUGUUGAAGUCGGCAAUGCCGGUGCUGGUGGAACAAGGGGAUGAUGAUGAUGGAGAGAGUAAGGGAAUGGACCAUCGCAUGAACAUCAUGCAAGCAUUUGAAGAUGACGAUGUAGUGGAAGAGUUCAAGGAAGAAAAGAUAGCAAAAGUUGAGAAGGACAAACCAAAGGACAUUGACCUUACACUCCCAGGAUGGGGAGACUGGGGAGGAACGGGAGUAGAGACAUCAAAGAAGAAAAGGAAAAGGUUUAUUAUAAAGGCCAAACCUCAAGCCCCAAGACAAGAUGCCCAAUUAGCUCAUGUGAUCAUUAACGAGGAUAGGGAUAAGAAGAUUGCUAUACAUCAGGUGAAUAGCCUUCCAUUCCCCUUCACCAACCCCGAACAGUUUGAGAGGAGCAUACGAGCCCCCGUGGGUAGCACCUGGAACACCCCCUCUGCCGUCAAGGCCCUGACCACGCCAAAAGUCAGCACCAAGAUGGGUACCAUCAUCCGACCAAUCAAGGCGGAGGAGGCCUUCAAAGAGAAGAACAGGAAAAGGAAGAACAUGGAAGAGAUGAGGAAGAGGAAAGGACAGAGACCUGAUAUUGUGUUUGAUGAGGGGAGUAAAAAGAAGAGGAGAAAGGGCAAGGGAAAGGGAUGAAUGAACUUGAUCUGUCUAGUAGUUAAAUGCUAUUACUCUGUGCCUUGUGAAUGAGGAUGACAAAACCCUGUAAUUUAUUGGAAAUCUCCUUUCAGGGGGAAGUUUCGGAAAUAGGAAAGUGCCAACGUGCAUAUAUGUAACACACUAGUUCAUGAUUAAUGUGCAGGAAAAGCAUCAUGUGAGCAUGAUCUGAUCAUGCGGUGAUGCUUAGUAGUUACCACAUGCAAUUGGCAUCUAAUUUUUAUUCGCAUCAGACUCAAUUCUUUCUGAUUAAUCGGGGUCAAAAGUGAAAGGCGCCAAAAAUAAUAUUUUUUCAUCAAGUUUAAAGCUUUGGUAAAAGUCUGAUCAUGUGAAUUAUGUUCAAUUAUAAUUUUAACAUUACAAUCUUAAAUGAGUUUUGUUUCAUCCACUGAUUCUUUGAUAAUUUGAAUUUUGACAAUUGAAAAGAUAGAUUCAUUGCCUUCUCUUUUUAUUUUAAUAAUAAAAAGAAAAACCAGUCAAGCCUAGAUGGAAAAAUAAUUUUUGAAGACCAAAUUACUUUUUCUGCUAAUUACAAAUAACCUUGUCUUGCGACUUAUCGUUUGUUUUAAAGCAGAUAGUCAAAGUUUACCUCUUGUAUGUAUUAUCUUUUUAUUCUUCCUUCUUUCCAGGUAUCAAGGCUCAUUGAAACAAAUAUCAUUUUACAAAUAAACACCAAAUACCACACAGUAGUUUGGUAUAAUGAGUACUGAAAACAGAUUUUAUUUAUCUUGUUCAUUGUAUGUUGAUUGACAAAUGGUAGGAUCAAGGAAAAAUAAAUAUACUUUAUUUACAAAUUACAAA